GAAAGUAAAUGAACUGAAACCCUAUAGAUUAAUGAGAGGUGUAUUUAUCAUACAGCCAUUGCUGGGAAAACUCCAGGUAGGGGCAUCAAGUACACGUCUGAAAAGAUCUAUUUGUUGCAUAAAUGGCUGCUAAACAACAAGCUAUAAAGAUAGGAGUGUCCUAUUUUAUGAAAUAUUGUAAUUAAAGUGAUCAAUAUAACUUUGAAUUAAUGGGGGAAAAUAGCCUUGGUUCAGGGGGUUCAUCUUGGGAUCGUGGGGGAGGAGUGUAAUUACUAUGUCGGUGACCAAGAGAAAUGUACAGUAUAAGAUAUUGAGCAAGUGUUAUCAGCUGUCAUAACAGAUAUGAAUGCACAAAGUCCUGUACAAACAUAUACAAUACAUUGAUUGCACAUUCCAUUAAAGCUACUGAUUGUAGUUUUAGCUGACGUACAAGUCAUCAUAACACCAUUUGGACAUUGAACCAAAUUAGCUUUUGAAUUUGGCAACAUAGAUGGUUUCAGGAUUAACUUCUAGAAUGGUAUUUUUUAAAUGGGGUGCAGUAAUUUAGCAUUGAAGAUUGAACUAUUCCGGCAAGUUAUAAUUGUAGGACUUUUGUAAAAGAUCAUUGUUACCGAUCUUUUGGAAGAAGUUAAAUUGCUUGAGGUAUAACCAGGGCCGUUCUUAAAAGGAUUAUAUCAAGGAAUGUUAAUUUUUGGAUGCCUUUGUGUGAGCAGUACAUGCUGCCAAAUUGUUUAAAAGUCAAAAGAUCUUCCAAGAGGCACUCUGAAUAAAUAUAAUAUGAAAAUAUGAGGAUUGAAAUUAUGUAGGAUUGUGAGAUUUGAUUGAAUAUUGCUCUUGAAAGUUUAUUGACUUUUCUUGGCUUUGCUUGGCAGAAAUUGCAAGUGUAUUGGGUGUGUUUACGUUUUGUUAUUCUACUGAUAAUAAUGAUCACAUUCAGAAGCAUCUUUAAAGCAGUGUGCCAAGAUACGAGAAGAGUCGACUUGCAUGGUUGAUGCAGUAAAGCCAUUGUGUCGGUUUAAUUCAUUCAAAAACAUUUACCUGAAAGUUGCACCAUUCAUUGAUCCGAUUCAGAUUCCAACAUCUUGAAUUGAUUGAGGUUCUGAUAAAAUAGGCCCCGGUCCAACAUACAUUUAAAUUUUUCCUUUUGUGUAGUUUUGUUUUCUGGCAAGAUAUAAUUGUGAUAUUGUUUGCGUUCAUGAUAAAAUUAAAAAGAAAUUUUUUAACCAAGUAUAUGGUGUUGAGAAGACACCGAUAUUUUCUUUCCUAGGGGUCUGGCAUUUUUGUAAUGCUACCUGAAAUUGCAUGACAAGAGGUUAAUCUGCAGGAGAGAGGGAGUGUAAGCAUGACUCACUCUCUGUCAGAAAAAGAAAAAAAUAUAUGUUUGAAAAUUGCCUAAACAAAAUGUUGUCUGCCAGUGGGGUGUGAAUUGUGCGCUAAUGUGGGACUGCUGGUUGUAUAAAGGUGUUAAAAUGUACAAAGACUCCAUGUUGAGGGCCAGUGUGUUAAAAACGUACCACUUUUAUAAAGUGAAAUUGAGGCUUUUUAUUUGGAGCGAUUUUGCACUGUGUCAUUACGGGAAAUAUGAAAUGAUAUUUUGUAUCAAGUAACAGUGCUUGGGGUUUUUUCCUGUCCUCUUUUUGCUGGAUUACACAGAUGCUAGAUAUAUGCUUACUGAGGGGGAUGUGGUAUUUAGUGUAAAUUUACAUGAUGACACAGUUCAUUUUAUUUCAUAAUCUGAAAAUGAUCCAAUUUAGCUUUAUUGAUUCCUGUGUCUGUACAUACAGUUGAAUUUUUGUUGUUUUGCCAUAUCAUGAUGGUACUACAUUCAGGUCUCUCAGUGAUUUUUUUAAGACCCAUUUUAGGUCCGAAUAUCGGACCUUUCCCCUCCCAAAAAAUUAAAAAAAAAUUCCCAAUUUAACUUGCACUUUUCCCAAUAAAAAUUUGUGAAAAACGUAUUUGUUUAAAAAUAAACUCAGUGUGAAUAGUUUAUGUACGACAUGACAAAGGCACAUCAAUUUUAGAUGAUUUAGAAAGAAUAGUCGAAAAUUUUAAUAGCUUAAAGAAAAGAAAGUUAAAUAUUUAAAAUAAAAGAAGAAUGACAUGAAUUUGUGUUUGAUUUCUUCUUUGAUUUGAUAUAUUUAGCAUAUUUACAAUAAUGUCCAGGUUUUCCCAAUUUGAUCAAAAUGUUGACAUUUUUUUUCCAAUUCAAAUGCCACAGGAGCCUUUUGAAAAAUGUUGAAAAAACACUGGGUCUCUGCAAUAGCAUGUUAAACAUCACGUAGGAAAGAGCAUGCAAUAUUUGUUAAGAGCAUCCAUGUGUAAUCAUUCUCAGUUUGGGCACUUGGUAAUGAAGGCAUAAUUUCCAUAUAUUUCUUUGAAUAUACCUGCUAAUUCAGAGACGGUGAAUGGCCAAUUACUUUACUGGAUGCUCCAUAAUGCCCACAAUUGCAAGAUAAUUAUGUGUGCUUAUCUGUUUAAAUUUCUAUUAUAAAACCUGAGAAAGGGUAGAGAUGUUCUUUCUCAGUGGAUCUGCAGUGGCAGCUUUUUAAAACUGUAUAAAAACAAAUCUGCAUGUGCACUGCAUGCUCCUUUCGUUGGUUGACAGUUGUAAAUGUUUUCACUGACAGGAAAAUUCUGUGUGUCCUGACAAUAAUUCCUGACAUUUUGUUUGCAUGUUCUUCCUAUCUGGAUGUCACAUGACCUCAGUGAUUGUCUGUUGUUUCACCAGGGUUUGCAGCAUGUUGUUCUGUACAAGUGUUUGCUUUGUGAGAUACAUGGUUUUUUAUCAGUUGUAAUGGUCACAACAUAGAAACCAGAGAUGUUUUCUCUUGCUUUUUGUAAAUUAAUCACUAGGUGCAUUUGAGGGGAGCAUACUUAUGACUCAUCUGUUUCUAUUUUAGUGUAAUUAAAUAAAUCAAAACUUGUACUCUAGAGGAUAUACAUUUUGCUUUGGUCUGGAGAUGCACCACAUCCAACGUGUUGAGUUGUCUGUCUGGCGGAGUUAGAGUUUGAUGUUCACUGUAAACAAGAUGAAUGCUUCCACGCAUGUAUCUAAACUCUUGAAGCAGAUUAUUUCACUUGUGUGAAGCAGACACCUAUUUUCAAGUGGAUUUCUGUAUUAACAUUUUUACUCAUCAUGGUAGCAAUUUAGCAGUCUGUUGGUAAUUUUCAAGCACAGCAGAUAACAACUAUAGUGAACAAUAGGAGCUGUUUAUAACUCCACGACCAGCUGUAAAGUAUUGGAAUAUAUGUCAAGGUUCAACACAACAGUUCAUCAGCAGAUAGUUCCAGGGAGAAAAAAAUCAUCUUUCUUCUUCUGAAAGUUGAAGUUGUGGUGCUGUUAGAUUUCAACAGCUGUUUUAUUCUUAUUUUAUAACCUACGUGAAUCAUCUCUGGCUGCACCUUCUGCUGCAGAAAUCAAUUAGUUUCGUAAACUGACUUUUCAGCAGGUAUCUCCAGUGGGAAAUAUAUCUUCCAAGUGAAACUGACAAGAUUACAGUGUUUAUACAACAAGUUAAAAACUCUGCAUUAUCUAAUCUCUUACCUGAUGUGAAGAAGUGACUUAAUAUUCAAAGCAGGAUUUUACAACUUUGUGAAGGAUUUUGCAUUCUUUUCUGUAUAAUUUACAAUGUGAGGAAAGUUUUUAUUCCAUAGAAUAUUCAAAUCCAAAAAUACAUAGCAAAAAGGAAUACAAGUGUAUUAUUAUUGAAAUAUAAUGAUCAAUUACUUUUUCAAAAUAUAAAGGAAGCUUCAGGAAUAUUCAUAAAUCAUGCAUGAGAAAGCUGGCGUGACAAGGGCGAUUUCUAGGUGUUUCUUGCUGGAUUGCUUGGAUAAAUACAACAGCGGAUGAAUAAACUUGGAGAUAUUAUGAUGUCUGGCCAGUUCUGUGACAUACUGUUAGGUAAUAAGGGAGACUUGAAGUGAUAAUCAGAAGUCUUGUUAUAUCAAAGAGAUAAUAAAAAUGACCAGCACUGCAGGGCAGAGUGAAAUUUACCAUGCUAGGAUGGUUCAAGUGAUUAGUGUGACCCCAGGUCAAAAUUCCACGCAAGUACAAGGACAUACUAGGACAGUAUAUUCACAGCCCCAGGAGGGACGUUUGGACCUGUUUAGUAAAGAUAUUCAUCAUCGGCACCAAUUAGACACUUCUUCACAACAGGGGAAGAUGGGAAGUGAUGGGGAUAAAACCCCACCUUUGCCUCCUAGGAGUACUAAAUGUGGUGGAAGAUCAACGUCUGCUCAGGAGAGGUUAAAUCUUCGUACUGGAAAUAGAAACUUUUUGUCAAAAUAUUUUGAACAAAAUUCUUAUGCCCAUGGAAAUAAAACUGUGAAUGGGGAAGUAAAGCAACCCAAAGGAAUUUUGAAAAAGCCAGAAACUUCAUUAUUUCAGGAAACUGAAAAGGGAAGAGAUUCCCCUCCUCCAAAACUGCCACCUCGUAUUCGUAAAAGGCCAGUAUCUUAUCCAACCAAAGAGGACGCAGUGUCACCUCCAAACGGAAUUAUUGUUGGAAUGCCUAAUGGUAACAGGGCAUAUCCGCAACCCUUAACAAAGACUAAUGUGACAAAGCAUGAUCAAAUUUGGACGAAAGAAGAGAAUGAGAAAACAGUUAAUGGUGUGUUAAGUCCACCACUAAAUCACAUCACUCCAGAAUCAACAGAGAAAAUGUGGGAAAAGUUCAGUAUGUUGGAUGUUUUAGAUUCUGCGAGUGACCAUAGUGAUUCUUCAGCAGACACAAUGAUCAUGAUGACAACAGAGGAGGAAGAAAAGAACCAGUCUCGCAUUACACAGAGCAUGCAAAAGUACAAAACUCAAAAAGACCAUCAUGAUGUUUUCAAUAAAAACAUUCAAAUUCAAUUUGAAAGUGCUGGUAAUAUUGAAUCGCAGGUGGCUGAUAAAAAAUCCACUAAAAGCAUCAGUCAGCUGUCUCCUAAAUCUGAGGAUACCGAUGAUGGUUAUGGAACAAAUUCAAGUCAGGGAACCACAGUAUCGUCUCCUCUGUCUUCAAGUUUAACCUCUCUGAAUGUGAUUUCAGACACAGACAUUUCUAUUGUUCAUGGAGCACCCAAGUUAGCCACAGCUACCUCAACUACGCAGCAGAACAACAGUGCAAUUCAAAACUCCUCCAAAACUACAUGGGCAGUCCGACGCAGGACCAAAAUGGCUGAAGCUAAAGAAAAUGCCAGUUCCUUGCAAGAGCAACUGAGAGAACUUGCCAUUAUUGAAGAAGAGGAUGCCUGUAAUACUCAAACAAUUGAUGUGAGUGAAAAUAGUGAUAGGGUGACUAGUUCAAGGAGCUCUUGUGUUAAAAUGAGACGGUCACCACAAAAUGUGAUUCCUCAUGCAGAUGAUACAAGUGAUUCUGUGACCUCUGACCUUGAAAAAUUUGAAGGUGAUUUAUAUGACAAAAUGAUUGAUAUGGAUCGCAAUUACAGGAAUUACUAUGGAUUUGAUAAAGAUUUCGAUAUAAAAGCAGAGGAUUCUAAAGUGCUUUACUUCCAAGACAAAGUGUUAAAACAAAGUUAUGGAAGUGAUAAUUAUUAUAACCCUAGAGGAUAUUAUGCAAAGGAUUAUGGAGACCAGAGCAGUGAAAGACUGGGUCCACCUCCCAUGUCUUCAGUUGGAUCCCUGCCACGUAAUGCCUCACUUUCGAGAGACUACAGUUCACAAGAGAGGUCCUCAUACAGAUCUACCACAAGUUCUGGAGUAGAUUCUGUUGAUGGACGAAUCCACCAACUCACUAAUAUGAGUAUGGACAAUAUUCGAGUACCUAAGAACUUGACUCUUCCAGGAAUGCCAAGCAAAGGACAUUUUUCGUCUUCAGAUAAUUUAACCCAAAAUGGAAGGAGGCCUCUGUUUGCAAGUUCUGCAGACAUUCAAAAACUUUUUCAAACCCGGGAUAAUAUCAGUGAUCAGUUACAGAGACCGCCAUCCUGUAGACACAGUUUUCAUGCAAUGCCAUGCACUCAGCAAUGGAUUGUGGACGCUCAAAACGAGGCUCAUAAAAAUACACCCAGGCCGAGAGCAUCCUCUGCAAGUGUCUCCUCCAAAUCCAAGCCCUCAUGGAAUUUUUUUGGAGGAAUGUUUGGAAAAAAGAAGAAUAAAUCAAAUGAGUCAAAUCAGGAUGUCGCAGCAAAAAACAAGGCAAGUAAAGAAACAAAUCCACCCCAGAAACCCAUUAUCAAGUCUGGAGCAAAUAUUUCAACCAUGCCAAAUGGACCAUUGAGGCGAUAUGCAGAAAAAAGGGGCAUGGAUGCCCUUCCCAAUGGUAAUGUUCGAGAUACACCAUUGAGAUCUGUGAAACAUGUAGCCCCCUCAGGCACGAAGUUGUCAACACUGGUAUAGUGAAACAUUUUGUAAUUGUUGACAAGCACAUACGAGUUAUCUUUCUUGAAUAGUUUGUUAUUGAAAAUAAAUACUUACAACAUGUAUGUAGUUUAUUAAUCAAUAACAGAAUAUGCACUUUAUCAUGUUUCUAUCAACAAUUGUAAUAAACCAUCUAAUAUUUUAUCCAACUAACUUAUAUUAUAAAUCAUUAAGUUUUUCUCAGGGGAUUCAUAAAUUCAUCACAUUGUUGUAAUUUCCAUUUAGCAUUAAGCAUGAAAAUGAUUUAAUUGAGAAGUAUAGCAUUUGGAACACACAAAAAUUUGUGUUUUAAAUUAUUUGCAUUGGCUUUAUGCAUUUUAUAUUGCACAUAAUUUACAUGUAACAUGAAUUUUAUCAUUACUUUUUUUUUUUUUUUUUUUACAUCAGAUUUGAGUAAGUAGUGAUUGAAGGACAGAUAAGGGUGGUUUUUAAAAGUAUUCAUUGCCAUGGCAAUUUUUUGUACGGGUAUCAGUUAUUUGAAAAACUGUUUUAUAUAUUAGCAAACAAUGGGCAGACUGUUACCUCGGUAGGCAUUCAUAAACUCUUUGUUAAUAGCUGCGAUCGAAAUUCAUUGCCACUUUUUGUUUUCUUGGAACUUAUACAUGUACAAGGCACUGGUUUCUAGUAGGCUUUUUGUCUCUAUGAAAAUUCUCACUACAUAGAAAAUGCUGAUUAUAUACAUGCAUGUAUCUGAACAUGACUUAAUCCCAUCACCCACAUUUAUCUCCAGUUAUUAAUGAUAGUGGCAUACAAAUUAAUUUAAUUGUUUAAAAACUUACAUGUGUCACUAACUGUUUAAAUUGUGCCAUUCUUGCAGCUUGUAUGACCUUUUCUUGUUGAUUUUUAUGGCAACAUCACCAAGGAUGUACAUUUGAUGAUUUUUCAACAAUAUUGAUUUAUAUAGUGCUACUAGUCUAACUUCAGAUUGAGGUUUUACAUACACUGCAUAGUUUUUGCCCUUUGUUUCAGUUGCUGGCAUGGUUUCCAAAUCUUAAUGUCUCAAAAUCAAAAGAAAUGAAAAGUAUGUUGGCUGAUUUAUGUGAUUUUGUUUUGUAACUGUUUGAAAUUAUAUUAAAAUCAUAAUUGGCCACCACAAACACCAGAAUUUUUUGUCAUUGUAAUAUUGUGGGUUUGUUUAUGAAUGAGAUGUGAAGUUGCCAUUGCUAUAAGGUAGUUUGGCCAUUACUAGUAUUUAUCAUAUCUGAUAUGAUUUUUCACAUUUCAGAAUCUUUGUCUCUUCUCUCAAUUUUUAAAAGUACAAUUUGCGUAUGGUAAUAACUAUACAGUCAAAAUGGUGGCCUAAUUUGUAUUUUUCUAGCUAAACUGCUGAAAUUUUUACUUGUGAACACGUCGAACUGUGAUAAAAAAAAAAACCAUAUGAACCAGCAACUUGAUGUAAACUAUGCAGGGAUAAAAAACCAUAUGAACCAGCUGAUGUAAACUCUGCAGGGGUUGUUGAACUUGUUGUACAGUGGUAUCCUAAUUCUAUCUAUAUAGCAUUUACUGUCACUAAAUUGAAAUAAACCAUAUGUCUGAUAUACAG